AUGCGAGCGAAGAGGGGACUGGGAGUGAUGCUGUCGCUGCUGAACUAUCGGGUAAGCGAUUCAGUUUUGAUCGAGCUGUUCUUAAUCGUGACUGACUGCACAUGCUGUCGCUCUGUAGUAUUGCUACUUAAAACAGCCGUUGAUGAUGUGGAGUGCGCCGCGCAAACGAUAAACUGUGGAUGGGACGAGAAGGCAGUGCAUUUGCGGCCAGAGAGUCUGUCCCAGCCACCUGUUAUCUGCCUGAACAAAAGAAGAUUGUUCGAUGCCUCGAAGUUGGCGAAAGGCCUGAACAUUGCUGUUCUGAAUGGUAAGUCCCUGAAUUGGCUAUCGGCGGAAGCACGCCACUUGUUGCAGCUUUUCGGUCUUGCUCUUGAACAGUACAAAACUGGGUAUAGCAUCAUGUUCAUUGGUCAGCUCGGUUUGUCUACCUCACAAGCCUUCCAGAAGGUUACUAUGCUGGGGGUAUCAGCUGAGGCAUAUUAUCAUAAAUGUUUGGCAUCGCCAACACCCAGUUCCCGGAAAAUGAAGAUGGAAGGCGAGAAACGAAACUCGACUGAUGUAGCUUUGGUUGCAGCAAUCAUAGUAAGUUUAUCAGCUGCAUCAAUGGCACAGUUCAGUGAAGCGCAAGCAGCUGUUGAUUGGUUGGGAAAGCUCUCCGACGUAACAGUGAAGAUGUUCGAGAGGCAUCACAUUGAUGAGGGUAUAAUUUCGCAGUUGUCAGCUGUAAAAGGAAGUAAAAUGCAUGUGAAUUUCGGAUCAGAGCUACCAAACUGUGGUCGUUCGGAAAGUUGCCCGAAAGGUGAAAUGGCAAUGUCUUUUUAUUCCGGAAAGGACAAAGAUGACUCGCCUCAGUUAUGCGUAAAUGGGCGAUUUGUGUUCGAUCGGAAUUUGAAUUCGGCCGGCCGCGGACUGAAUCUGGUCGUUAUUGAUUCAAAAACUCAUCAGGUGAUGCGCACAGGGCAUUACGACACUUACAAUGAAGGUACUUUGUGUCUCUGUUAUAUUCCAACGAACAAUUUUGUAUAA